GGAGAAAAGAAAUCGGCAUUGCCUUGGUGUUACCGUCGAGACAAAAUCUCCUCUCCCUCUCUGUCAACUCUGUGUUUCUCUCUCUAAAUGUUGGUUAAUCUUUUCUCUCUCUGAAGAUUCGUGUCCGUUUUGAAGAUACUUUCUCCUGAUCAAUUUUGAUUGUCAAGAAAGAACAAGAACAAAGAAGGUCGAGAAAUGACGACUUCUCAUUCUUCGUCUUCUCCUCUCGCUUCGAGCGAAGAGCUAGAAGAGGAAAAACAACAACCGCAACAGGUAAAGGAGUGUGUACAUAAAACAAAGACGAUACAGUUCUUGGGCAGGACGACGCCUAUCGUCCUUCAAAACGACAAUGGACCUUGCCCCCUCCUGGCCAUCUGUAAUGUUCUUCUGUUGAGAAACAAUUUGAAUUUAAGUCCUGAUAUAUCUGAAGUUUCUCAAGAGAAACUGCUGUCGCUUGUUGCAGAACGGUUGAUUGAUUCCAAUAGUAAUGUCAAUAAUAAAGAUGCAGGAUAUGUUGAAAAUCAACAACAGAAUAUUGCUGAUGCAAUUGAUCGGUUACCACGCCUUGCAACCGGAAUUGACGUAAAUAUAAAAUUUAGAAGGAUAGAUGAUUUUGAGUUCACACCUGAAUGUGCCAUAUUUGAUCUACUUGACAUUCCUCUAUAUCAUGGUUGGAUUGUUGAUGCCCAGGAUUUUGAUACUGCUGAUGCCAUUGGGUUCAAGUCCUACAAUGCUUUAAUGGGGGAGCUUGUUGCCCUAGAAACCCAAAAGACUGAAGGUGAAUAUAAAAUCAAUUCUGGAGAGGAUUAUGUUGAUUUUGCUGCUGCAACAACUGCGACCUUAGGGGUUCCUUCUCCGUCCCUUUCAAAAACUAGAUCUUUUGAUGAUUCCCAGCUUACAGACUCUGGUAACAGAAAAGCGAGAAAAGGGGAUCUUGAAGAAGAAGCAGAGUUAUUGAGAGUGUUGAAAUUGUCGGAGACUGCGUUGCCAACUCAAGUAGAUGAUUCUCUUGUAAGCAGUGCUAAUACAGGAACCAUGCCUCCUGCUGGUUCAGAUGAGAUUCAGUCCACCAAAAAGGAUGUGCUUGUUAGUCCAGAUGAGCGUCUGUCUACUAAAGAAGAUGCGCUUGUUGGUACUGAUAAUACAUUAGAGCGGCAUAUUGAUUCAGAAACAGUGUGUUUUCUGAUCACUGAUAAUAGUAAUCAGACAUGUUUGAAGACGAAUACAGAACAAGAAAUGUCUGCAGUCCCGGCCAUAGAUGGAGGUGUUUACCUUGAUCUGUCAUCUUGUACAAAACCUAGAGAACAAGGAAUUUGUGAUGUUGUGGAUAAGAAGAAUAGUUGUGAGGCACUGAUGGUUGAUAAAUGUAGCAUUCAGUCAACGGUGGGGAACAUCACCGAGAUGCCAGUUGUUGUUGAGGAUGCACCUUGUAUUUCUCCUGAUAAAGGUAGUGCAUCUGUGAAUGAUAACAGUGUGAACAAAUCUCAAGGUGAUGAUAAAGUUGAGUAUCAGUUUACUUCUGUAACUGGUUUUCAUGAGCCAGUAGAAAACGUGUGUGUUUAUGAUACAGCAGAAGCAUCAGGCUUAAGCAUGUCAAGUGGACAUUUGGAUUCUAGUGGCAGAUUGCAGCAUGAUGUACCUGAAGCUUUUACCUCAAGUAUUGAUGGUAGUGAGCCCAUAUAUGAAGGCGAAGAAUGCAUAUUUGAUUCAGGAUCUAUGGCAUAUGAAAAUAGAGAGCCUGUGUAUGAAGGUGAGGUAAUCCUUGCAGAACAAGCUGAUAACAUUGCUGCGAGUUCCAGUGCUGCAAGGGCUAAGGACGGACUCACUCCAGAACAAGGAGAAGUGAUAAGGAUUUUUUUGAAGAAUAAUGCUAGUCAAUUAACCUUUUACGGGCUUUUCUGCUUACAAGAUGGUCUAAAAGAGCGUGAGCUUUGUGUUUUUUUCCGUAAUAAUCACUUCAGCACCAUGUUUAAGUAUGAUGGUGAACUUUAUCUGUUAGCUACAGAUCAAGGUUAUCUAAAUCAGCCGGAUUUGGUCUGGGAGAAACUAAAUGAGGUCAACGGGGAUACAUUGUUCAUGACAGGUAACUUCAAGGAGUUUAAGGUAGAAAGUCAAACAACAAAUGAUGCAUGGGAUGAACAUAAUGUUGUGGCCAGUACUGCUGACUAUCUUGCAAGCAUUGAUAGUGCAGCACAAGCGGGGUUGGAUAUAAACUCUGAUCUACAACUAGCCAUUGCUCUGCAACACCAGGAAUUUGAGCAACAACCCCAGCGUCACAAUUCGCAGCAACCAUCAAAUGGUAGUGGUUCAAAAUUGAUAACAGGACCACAGGUUCCUCAUCGCUGGGACACUUCAGGAGGCAGGAAUGACUGAACCAAUAAUAUCAUUUACUGUGGUAGCUUUGUUUCUAGCAAUUCUAUAUAUAAGGGGAUAUUUGUCUUUUAAUUUUUUUGAACUGCACUAAAAAUCUUCUCAGAAACGGACCUUGAACCCAUUACCAAUAUUCCAUUUAGUGUGAUGAUGUUUUUUCAUAUAAUAUAACCGUAGUUGCUGUUUUUAAUUUAAGAGAGAUUUUGUGGCUCCUCGUUAUACCAUUUUGAUUCUAUCACUAUU